AACAAAGAUCCCACCGAAACAAAAGCUCCCCACAGACUACUGAAUUCAAAUUUCAAUCGUCCUGAAAUUUCCUCUUCUUCACAGCAAGCUCCUUGUUGAUUUCUUCUUCAAUCAAGAGAAAUGGGAGAUUUCGUCUCAGAGUCCAACAUCGAGGCGUUCAUAUCUUUUGCCGACGAUCUAGUAGCACUGUUAAAGGAUCCAUUUGAUGUUCAAGACUUGAAUCAAUGUCUCGAACAUUUCAAGGCCCUUCAAUCUUCUUGUGACGAUGAUUUCAGUAGUGUUCAAAGUUUAGUUCAAGAUUAUGAGAAGAAAAUUAAGGCAUGCCAGCAGAAAACAGAAGAGGCGAAAGCCAACACUGUUACAGAUGAUGAAAUGGUGAUUCUUGAGAAGGAACUCGAUGAGGAGGUUGGGAAAGGGCAUUUGCUCAUGGAAGAGAUUAGAUUGGUCACCAAUGAGAUUAAUGAACUAGAACGCCAGAGGAUUUCCAUUCAAGAAAGGAAGCAGGCGAUGAAGAAACUUGAGCAACAAGAACUUUGGGCUCAGCGGAAGCUUUCAAUGUAUGCUUCAGUCACUGAUAUAAUACCAAACAUGGACGAUCAGUCUAAAAUUUCUGGCCAUAUUGUGGACAGAGAUAAACGGAUUGUGCAAGAGUUCGAAUUCGACUCGACUAAGAUAUCUUCUUUUGAUAUAUGCAAUGGCAUUUGGAAUAUGAUUAAUUCUCCAUAGUACCAGACAUCAGUUACAUUGUAAAUUAGAAACUUACUAUAGCUCGGUCCUUCUUUCUUCACUUUAUGGUAUUAGAAUAUAACGUUUAUCUUGUCAUAUGUAUAUGUUUAAAGAACUACUCUCUAAAGUCCCGUUGUUUGUGAUAACUUAUUGUAAAUCACAACUCCUUUGUCCUUGAUGUUUAUUGAAGAAAAGAACGCCCAUCUACGUUAGGCACCAAGCCAUGAAAAUGGUAAA